ACGAUCUCUACAUAUCGCAGUCAAACUGUAUAUCUUUUGCUGCUGGUAUGCCAAACAUCGCUACAUAUCCUGUCGAAGAUAUUUCCCUGACAUACAAGCAUGACAAUUUAAUAAGAUUUAGCAAGCAUGAAUUGACUACAGCGUUGCAAUAUGGAUCUACACAAGGUUAUAAGCCGCUAUUGGAAAAAUGGAAGGAAUUCCAGAAAACAUGGCAUACACCAAUGCAAAACAAUUGGGAUAUUGCAUUCACGCACGGUUCUCUGGACGCUUGCAAUAAGGUCUUUGAAAUGAUGAUCGACGAAAAUGACCCAAUAUUACUCCAAACGCCAACAUAUACCGGAACAAUCGGAGCGCUAGUACCGCUAUCACCAGAUAUUAUAGAGAUUAAUCAAGAUAACGAUGGUAUCAUUCCCGAAGAGAUCGCCAAAGAAUGCGAACACAGACUUGCGACUGGUAGACCGAUGCCAAAAUUACUUUACGUUAAUCCGACGGGAGCGAAUCCUACAGGCGCCGUCUUGUCGGAGAUCCGACGAAGAAAAGUAUACGAAUUGGCGCACAAAUACAACUUUCUGAUCGUCGAGGAUGACCCUUACUAUUUCGUUCACUUCUUAGAUAAACAGCCCACGUCGUUCUUCUCCCUUGACACUGACGGUCGUGUAAUCAGAUUGGAUUCGUUCAGCAAGAUAAUGAGCGCUGGGAUUCGCGUUGGAGUCAUCACAGCCCACAGAGACAUUGUGAAAAAACUGAUUAUUCAUAUGGAUAAUUCUACCGUACACGCAUCAUCUUUGUCCCAAAUGCUUCUAUACAAACUCUUCGAAGCUUGGGGACCGCAAAAAUUCGAGGAACAUUUCAAAGAUAUACAAAAGUUCUAUCGGGAGCGACGUGACAUAAUGCUAGCCAUGGUUGAAAAACAUUUGACUGGUUUGGCAGAGUGGUACGUGCCUCAAGGUGGACUCUUUCUUUGGAUAAAGCUAAUGGGUGUAGAUAAUGUACUGGAUUUGGUGAUGAACAAAUGCAUACCCCAAGGUGUUGUCGUUGUUCCUGGAAAUGCCUUCAGCUAUGAUUCUUCAAAACCCAAUCACCAUUUGAGAUUCAGCUUUAGUUAUGCCUCGCCAGAAGAUAUGGACAAGGGACUGUCUAUAGUGGCCAAAAUAAUACGCGAAGAAGUAGCGAAGAAAAAUAACAAUGUUUCGAUGUGAAAAGUAUUAUUAUCAUAUACGUAUUUUAUAUAUUGAAAGUUAUUAUUUUUUUAUUAUAUGAGAUUUUCUCUAAUAAAAUAAUAGCUUCUAACUCUACAAUAAUUGGCUCUACAAUUUCUGUUUUAUGAUCUCCUGAAUAUUCUACUAUAAACUACUAAAUAAAUUGUCUUAAAAUAUGUAUCUUGAAAAAGCUGUCGAUAAAAUAUUAGAAAAUACAUGUCUGAUUAAGGAAAUGAAGAUAAAGAUAAUCACAUUAAAUAUCUCGCAAAUAUCUUCACUUUUAAGUUUCGCAUGUACUUGUAUUAUUAAGAUCAUAAGUAUUUAUGCACUUUUGAAACGUCGAAUGCCAUCUACACAUCGAGAAGUUAUGAUCGGUAACUUACUAACAAACUUUUCUAAGCAUGGUUUAAUAUCUUGCUCUACUCAUAUACAAAUAGAAUACUUUAUUAAUUAAUAAUAACAUUUAUUUUAUCAUUAAAAUAAAGAGACGAAAAUCAAAUCAGCAUUUCUAUUAUAGAAACAUUUAAUAUUUUAUAUCGUAGACGCGCGUAUAUACAUUUUUAUACGAAACGGUGAAAUUUAAUUAUAACUUGUAAAAUUUAAUUACAUAUAAGUCAAAUAUUCAAGUAUUUAUUUAAAUAUGUAUAUUAAAUUAUUCAGAGCUGUCGGUAAUAU